CGCAAAUUCCCCCAAACCAACAGACCGAAAGCCAAAACAAAUCCUCGGUCAGCGGCGGGCCGCGCGACCGAAGCCGCACCUCAAAAGCACACAAAAAUUCGCAAAAUCCGACGACGCAUCGAGACCACCACCACCGGGCCACUAGGCAGCCAUCCACCCCACCCGCCCGAGCCGCACGCGGACGCGGUCACGCGCUGUGACCGCGCCGCGCACAAGCGCAGCGCCACCGCCCCGCCGCCGCCGCCGACACCCGCUGCUUCUGCCCCUCCGCGUCCCUGGGGAGGCGCGAUCACGCGGGAGGAACCGUAGCGCGAACUCUGGACUGCGACUCCGAGCCCUGGCUUCGCGCGGUUACUAAUAUUGCAAGGUGCUGGAGGCUUCGAUGCAGAACCACGCGUACAGCCGGCUGGGGAGUUUGGGGGGCGGGGCGACCGUGCCGUCGCAGCCAUCGUCGCCGCGGCGGGCGUGGGGGAGGAAGGCCUCGGUGAAGGGAGGAGGGUCGGCGAGGGCCGGGGCCGGCGGCGGCGCGGGCGCGGUGUGGAGGGCGGCGCGGGUGGUGCUCGCGGCUCUGUUGCGGCGGCAGGGGGUGUUCCUCUUCGCGCCGCUGCUUUACGUGGCGGCGAUGCUGCUUUACAUGGGCUCCAUCUCGCUCGACAGCGUGCCCCGCGUCAUCUCGCGCCCGGCGCCGGGGUCGAUGUACCGCAGCCCGCAGCUGUACGACCGCCUGCGCGCCGACAUGGACGCCGACAACGCCACCGAUGCGCUAGCGACGGUAUGGCGACAUGCUUACAAAGGUGGUAUUUGGCGACCUUGCAUAAGCAAUAACACCAACGGUUUGCCUGAAUCAAAUGGCUAUAUAUAUGUGGAGGCAAAUGGUGGUCUGAAUCAACAAAGAACAUCGGUAUUGCCUUCCAUAUGCAAUGCAGUUGCAGUUGCCGGUUUUCUGAAUGCAACUCUUAUAAUCCCAAAUUUCCACUAUCAUAGCAUUUGGAGGGAUCCUAGCAAAUUUAGUGAUAUUUAUGAUGAGGAUCGCUUUGUCCAUCGUUUACAAAAUGAUAUCCGAGUGGUUGACAAGGUGCCUGAGUUCAUAAUGGAGCGGUUUGGUCACAAUUUGAGUAAUGUAUUUAAUUUCAAGAUAAAGGCUUGGUCUCCGAUUCAGUUCUAUGAAGAUGUUGUUCUUCCUAAGUUGAUCGAAGAAAGGUUCAUAAGGAUAUCACCAUUUGCAAAUCGGCUGUCGUUUGAUGCUCCUCCUGCUGUUCAGCGACUGAGAUGUCUAGCUAAUUUUGAAGCUUUAAAAUUUUCUAAACCAAUCACAACUUUAUCGAACACUUUAGUUUCUCGAAUGAGAGAAAAAAGCUCUGAAAACAGUGGGAAAUACGUAGCAGUGCAUCUCCGUUUUGAAGAGGAUAUGGUUGCCUUCUCUUGUUGUGUCUUUGAUGGUGGUGACAACGAGAAGAAGGAAUUGGAUGCAGCCAGGGAAAGAGGUUGGAGAGGGAAGUUUACUAGGCCAGGACGUGUAAUAAGGCCUGGAGCAAUAAGGAUGAAUGGGAAAUGUCCACUGUCACCUUUGGAGGUUGGAUUAAUGUUACGAGCAAUGGGUUUCAGCAAUAAUACUGCAAUCUAUUUGGCUUCUGGAAGGAUAUAUAAAGCAGAGAAGAACAUGGCUCCUCUCCUUGAAAUGUUUCCUCUCUUACAGACAAAAGAAACAUUGGCAUUGGAUGAAGAACUCGCUCCAUUCAUGAAUUUCUCCUCAAGGAUGGCAGCUAUUGACUACAGUGUCUGUGUUCAUAGCGAGGUUUUUGUGACUACACAAGGCGGAAAUUUUCCUCAUUUCCUUAUUGGUCAUAGGAGAUACUUGUAUGGUGGCCAUUCGAAAACAAUUAAGCCUGAUAAAAGAAGAUUGGCCAUACUAUUUGAUAAUCCACGUAUCGGAUGGAAGUCACUGAAACGUCAACUGAUCAAUAUGAGAACACAUAGCGAUGCUAAGGGUAUUGAAAUGAAAAGGGCAAAUGAAUCUAUAUACACCUUUCCAUGCCCUGACUGCUUGUGUCGUUCAAACAAAUCAGAACACUCCAAAUCCAUCCAGGCCAGAUAGCAUCUAAUAGUUGUAUCUUAACUCAUUUGACUGACCCUAAUUCUUUCUUGGCAUCAUAGCAUUCCCAUUCUUUGCGUGCCACCUGGUGGUGUGAUGUUCCAUCUCCAAGCACCCCUACUAAAGUGUUGCUUGUCCAUUCCAUCCUCCCCAGGGCAACAUCUGCUUGUAUAGCCUGGAGUGUCUGAGAUAUAUCAAUUUCUUUUCAUCUGAGCUAAUCCUGUUGCUAACAAUACACUGAUCCAUAUCGACAAAAGAUGUAUUUAGCAAUAUCUAGGGCUGUUCCUUAACAACGUAGUGCUAGUUUGUUUGGUGUAGUACUAGUUCCCUUGUACAUUUCUCAGCUAGGAAGCAAUCGUCAUACACAGAAUUUUGAAGAAAGACAACCAUUGUUUGUUUUGGUGAAAUGUGUUGAUCAGUUCUCCAA